GCGCGGGGGCGGAGCAGCCUCCCGCGGGCUCAGGCUCGGCCCCUCGUGUGGGGCGUUGGGAGCGCCUCGUGGAUACCCCUGUGCGCGGCCCGGGAACGGCUGCGGCCGGCUGCGGCUCUGUGGCGUCGGAAGCUUCCUCUCAGCCUUUCGGCGCCGAGCGGGGAAGAAGCGGCUGCGCAGGGGAUGAUGCCACAGUUGUCUGGGGGGGCUGGUGCGAAGGUGGAAGGCGUGUCCCCAGCCUGCAGUGGGGUAAAAAGAGACCCUGGACGGUUGUCCCAGAUUUUACACAUCAUGCCCACUCUGCCUCUUUGUCGGCGGUGGCAGUGAAUAACAGAUACGUGGUCACUGGGAGCAGAGAUGAGACAAUCCAAAUCUAUGACAUGAAAAAGAAGGUGGAACACGGGGCACUGCUGCAGCACAAUGGCACAAUAACCUGUUUGGAGUUCUAUGGUACAGCGCAUCUACUGAGUGGUGCUGAAGACGGACUCAUUUGUAUCUGGAACACAAAGAAGUGGGAAUGCCUGAAAUCCAUCAAGGCACAUAAGGGGCACGUGACAUCUCUUUCUAUUCAUCCUUCUGGGAAAUUAGCUUUGUCAGUAGGAACAGAUAAAACACUAAGAACUUGGAAUCUUGUGGAAGGACGUUCAGCCUUUGUCAAAAACCUGAAGCAAAAUGCCCACAUAAUUAAAUGGUCCCCUGAUGGAGAGAAAUAUGUGACUGUGAUAAUGAAUAAAGUGGAUAUCUACAAACUUGACACAGCUUCAAUCACUGGCACUAUCACAACAGAGAAGAGAAUUUCUUCACUUAGAUUUAUUACAGAUUCUAUCCUUGCAAUAGCUGGAGAUGAUGAAAUGAUAAGGUUCUACAGCUGUGAGUCUCAAAAAUGCCUGUGUGAAUUUAAAGCUCAUCAAAACAGAGUAAAAGAUAUCUAUAGUUUUGAAAGGGAAGGACAACACGUUAUUGUUACCGCAUCCAGUGACGGUUACAUUAAAGUGUGGAAUCUGGAUCUUAAUAAGAUUAAAGAUGUGCCAUCUUUACUGUGUGAAGUCAAUACCAAAGCUAGGCUGACAUGUCUUGGAGUAUGGCUUGACCAAGCUUCAGAAACUAAAGAAAACUCUGAUAAUGCUGCAACAUCAUCUCAAGCAAACGAAAAUGAAAAAUCAUCAAUAGUCAAGAAAAAGAAAGUUUGUUGGACUGGUAAAAGUGAUGAAACGGCCAAAAGAAAGAGAAAGAUUACUCCAGAGAAGCAAAAAUUGAAAGCUCCACUGCAAAAGAAGAAAAAGAAACGGAAUAGCUCAGCAUGAAGGCAGCUACUUUCUCUCCUGAAUAAAAAGUAAAUGCCGGUGUUGCUGAAGUUUUUUGUAAGGCUUUAAACCUCUGAGAGGACUUCUGUGUCUAAACUGAUCUGUUGUUUGAAAUAAUGAAUGUUUUUACCCCAAUAAACUGACUGACCAUUCUGGGGAGUAGCAAAAGAGAUGGCAGUUUUUCCUAAUUGACUGAAGCAAAAAUAUAUGAAUGGUAUUUAAUGUUUAUAUGUUUUCUAUUAACAGUAGCAAAUGGUUUUUAACCGUCUCUGAAAAAGACGCUGAAACAAUAAAAACAGCUGCCUCUG